AUGCAGCUCCUGACUAUUGUCUGGACGUCCCUCGCAGCAGGGAUAAUGGCGACGGCCACUCCGACCUCCCUCCCUCUCUGCAGCAUGGUCGAUCGCCCCUGCAAAUGCCCACCGGGCACCACCUUCAAGAAUCUCACGACCUAUGGUGUGAUUGGUGCGCCGGCCCGCGAUGUACAGGAUAUCAUGGGCUCCUCCGCAGUCUUCGAUCUCCAGUUCCAGGGUGGUCUAGUCCCUUCUAGCACCAAGGGAAAGGACAAUGUUCCCGGGGCCGUGCGGAGUUUCAACUUCUCCGGUCCAGCCGGUUACUACGUGAUCAGUGAGCAGGUUUGUCUCCGACUCCGAAUGAACAGCGGACAUGUAGCUGACGUCUACAAGCUUACUAAAUGGAAGACCUCGCCGGAUGGAUCUUUCAACCAACAGUACCAGCAGAGUCCCAAGCCGCCUGUCGUUCAAGUCCCCGGUGCAGGGGCUUACCACGGCGGUUGGACCAGUAUCGUCGGCCAGCAGACAGUCGUUCGUAACGAGACUGCGAUUGCCUGGAAGAACUGGCGCUGUGAGACGGGUGAGACAUUCCCGUCGGCCACCUCGCACGAAGGCGGCAUUACCAACACGUCUGCGGUUCUCGAGAAACAAGGCAAGCUCACUGGGGUGAGCAUUGCUGCUUUUACCAUCUUUAAUGAGGUUAGAGAUGAUUAG